AUGAAAGGGUCGUGUGAAACAAAUGAACUCGUGUGCGCCCAAGUACACGAGAAACGAAAUAAAAGGCCAGACAGUGGAACAGCUAGAAGCAGAGAUUCAGAUGCAGAUUCAGAGCCAUUGCCGGCAGUUUGGAGAUUCCGCAGCGAGACGCCAGCGGGGCCGGCCGCCGCAGCUUCGUGCCCUGCCGACCGCCGACCGCCGACCAGCCGAUCUUUUGACUCGCGCAGUGCGAGGGGGGAGUGGCGGGGGGGAGGCGCCGGGGGCGGCCGCACCAACUUCACCUGCCCGCCAAAACACGCGGGGCAGGGGGCGGCCGGUGGAGGGGAUGCGCGGCCAGCGAUUGGCCGGCGCGCCCCAGGGAGACACCCCUCGCCUGCGGCCGUCACCGCCCCGCGAGUGUAUAUAUGGGGGCGCGAAGCGGCGGCGGCGGCACAUCAAAAGUUCAGCGGCGAGCCAGCGAGCGGCGGCGCCACAGACGGCACGCUGCCCCUCUGCUCCAGACACACGCCGCCGCCGCCCCCGCCGCUCUGCUACCGGGAGCUGCCGCAGCGCUGCUGCAUGCGGAGGAUGGGCACAGGGGACCGCCUCCUGGACAUCCCCUGCAAAGUGUGCGGCGACCGCAGCUCCGGCAAGCACUACGGCAUCUACAGCUGUGACGGCUGCUCGGGCUUCUUCAAGCGGUCGAUCCACCGGAACCGCGUCUACACGUGCAAGGCGGCGGGCGAGCUGAAGGGCCGCUGCCCCAUCGACAAGACGCACCGCAACCAGUGCCGCGCCUGCCGCCUCAACAAGUGCUUCCAGGCCGCCAUGAACAAGGAUGCCCCCGCUCGGGACACGGGACUGUCCCGCCCCUCGCCGCCCCCACCCCCGCCGCCGCCCCCGCGCCAGUAA